GGCGCCGCGCAGGCGCUGCCGUGCGGAGCUGCCGCGGGCCCGGCGCCGGCUGGAGCGGGUGGCCGUGCCCCGAUGCCCCGGGCUCGGCCAUGGGGGACGUGAAGAACUACCUGUAUGCCUGGUGCGGCAGGAGGAGGGUGAUGCCGGCCUACGAGAUCCGCGCCGCCGGCGGCCGCGGCCGGCAGACCUUCCUCUGCGAGGUCCGAGUGGAAGGCUUCAACUAUGUUGGCAUGGGCAACUCUACCAACAAGAAGGAUGCACAGAGCAAUGCUGCCCGAGACUUCAUCAACUACUUAGUGCGGGUGAAUGAAAUGAAGAAGGAUGAAAUCCCUGCUUUUGGACCAGCAGCAGGUGAUAACCCCACUGGAGGACAGGAAGCAGCUAGAGAUGUCACUGGUUCCAGUUCAGCUGUGGGGGGACCUCUUCCUCCACAUUUGCUUUUAAAAAGUGAAGUAGGCAACGGACCAGGUGCAGCACCUGUAAACUGUGGCAGUCAUGCAGCUCAAUGGGAUCGGGGUGCAAACUUGCAAGAUUAUUAUUCCAGAAAAGAGGAGCAAGAAGGGCAGGAGACCUCAGAGUCAGAAGUGCACUUAAAUGCAGAUGUUCACGGAGGUUGGACCUUGGAAAAUGCCAAGGCACGUCUGAACCAGUUUUUCCAAAAGGAGAAGAUCCAGGAAGAGUAUAAAUACACUGAAAUGGGGCCUGAUCACAACAGGAGCUUUAAUGCAGAAAUGAACAUUUAUGUGAGGCAGCUGGGCAGAAGGAUUUUCAGUCGCGAGCACGGAUCAAACAAAAAGCUGGCAGCACAGUCCUGUGCCCUUUCCCUGGUCAGACAGCUCUACCAUCUUGGUGUCAUUGAGCCUUACUCUGGGCAGACAAAGAAGAAAGGAGAAUCGUUGGAACCCUAUGAGGUGUCGCUGUCUCCUGACUUAGAAAAUCAGCUGCAAAAGACUGUACGGGAACUGUCCCUGGAGAUCGUGCCUUUGCCUGAAGAUCCCAGUAACCCAGUUCUGAUCAGCGUUGGAAAGUUGGCCCAUUUUGAACCAUCACAGAGACAAAGUCAUAUGGGAGUUGUUCCCUGGUCACCACCUCAUUCCAACUGGAACCCGUGGACUGGCUGCAAUAUUGAUGAGGGUCCACUGGCAAAUCUCACUCCAGAGCAAAUCAGCACGGAUCUGAGGAGUGAUUUCAUGUACCGCCUGGAGCAGGAUCAGGAAUUGCAGAGGAUCCAAGAAGAGAGAGAGGCUUUACCUCUGAAGAAUUUUGAAAGUGAAAUUCUGGAUGCAAUCCAUCACAAUUCUGUUGUUGUCAUCCGUGGUGCCACUGGUUGUGGCAAAACCACUCAAGUGCCCCAGUACAUCCUGGAUGAGUACAUCAGAACCAACCGAGCUGCUGAGUGCAACAUAGUGGUGACACAGCCCCGGCGGAUCAGCGCGGUUUCCGUAGCAGAGCGUGUGUCCUACGAGAGGGGGGAAGAGCCUGGCCAGAGCUGUGGGUACAGCGUGCGCUUCGAGUCUGUGCUCCCUCGGCCACACGCCAGCAUCCUUUUCUGCACUGUAGGUGUUCUUCUGAGAAAGGUGGAGACUGGGAUCCGUGGCAUUAGUCACGUUAUUGUUGAUGAGAUCCAUGAGAGAGACAUUAACACUGACUUCCUUUUGGUGGUGCUGAGGGAUGUUGUUCAGAUGUAUCCUGAGAUCAGGGUUGUCCUCAUGUCUGCCACCAUUGAUACCAGUAUGUUUUGUGAAUACUUCUUCAACUGUCCCAUCAUCGAGGUCUAUGGCAGAACUUUUCCUGUGCAAGAUUAUUUUCUGGAGGACUGUAUUCAAAUGACUCAGUUUGUCCCUCCACCCAAGGAAAAGAAGAAGAAAGAGAAGGAUGAAGAAAGUGGUGAAGAUGAUGAUGCCAACUGCAACCUUAUUUGCAGCGAUGAAUAUGGCCCAGAAACAAAGCACUCCAUGGCUCAGCUGAAUGAGAGAGAAACUUCUUUUGAACUCAUUGAGGCUCUGCUGAUUUAUAUCAGGACUCUGAAUGUCCCAGGAGCUGUCCUUGUUUUCUUGCCUGGCUGGAACUUAAUCUAUACAAUGCAGAAGCAUCUAGAAAUGAACCCACGCUUUGGAGGCCACCAGUACAGGAUUUUACCUCUGCAUUCCCAGGUUCCUCUGGAGGAGCAGCGUCGAGUGUUUGAUCCUGUGCCUCCUGGGGUAACCAAAGUUAUUUUAUCUACCAGUAUUGCCGAGACCAGCAUUACCAUCAAUGAUGUGGUCUUUGUUAUCGACUCUUGCAAGCAAAAAGUGAAGCUGUUCACUGCUCACAACAACAUGACAAACUAUGCCACGGUCUGGGCAUCAAAAACCAAUCUGGAGCAGCGGAAAGGCAGAGCUGGGCGCGUGCGAGCCGGAUUCUGUUUCCAUUUGUGCAGCAGAGCUCGCUUUGAGAGACUUCAGACUCACAUGACGCCCGAGAUGUUUCGAACGCCCCUCCACGAGAUCGCUUUGAGCAUCAAGCUGCUGCGCCUGGGAGGCAUUGGGCAGUUCCUGGCCAAGGCCAUCGAGCCGCCCCCUCUGGACGCAGUGAUUGAGGCGGAGCGCACGCUCAGAGAGCUUGAUGCCCUGGAUUCCAAUGAUGAGUUAACACCUCUUGGAAGAAUCCUGGCCAAACUUCCCAUUGAACCUCGUCUGGGCAAGAUGAUGAUCAUGGGCUGUAUUUUUUAUGUGGGAGAUGCUCUGUGUACCAUCUCUGCAGCUACCUGUUUCCCUGAACCUUUCAUCAAUGAAGGCAAACGCCUGGGUUAUGUCCAUAGGAAUUUUGCUGGGACCAGGUAUUCAGAUCAUGUAGCUUUGCUCUCUGUCUUCCAAGCCUGGGAUGAUGCAAGAAUGGGUGGUGAAGAAGCAGAGAAAAGAUUUUGUGAACACAAAAGACUCAGCAUGGCCACUCUUAGAAUGACUUGGGAAGCAAAAGUCCAGCUAAAAGACAUACUCAUUAGUUCUGGCUUUCCUGAAGAAUGUUUGAUGACUCAACCAUUUAACAACACUGGCCCUGAUAACAACCUGGAUGUUGUAAUCUCCCUGCUGGCUUUUGGGGUCUACCCCAAUGUCUGCUACCACAAAGAGAAGAGGAAGAUUCUUACUACUGAGGGGCACAAUGCUCUCAUCCACAAAUCAUCUGUCAACUGCCCUUUCAGCAGCCAGGACAUCAAGUAUCCAUCACCCUUCUUUGUUUUUGGAGAGAAGAUUCGAACACGAGCCAUCUCUGCCAAAACCAUGACCUUGGUGAGCCCACUGCAGCUGCUCCUCUUUGCUUCCAAGAAAGUCCUGUCAGAUGGGGAGCUCAUUCUGGUGGAUGACUGGAUCAAGCUGAAGAUGCCGCACGCGGCGGCCGCCUGCAUCACGGCUCUGCGCGCUGCCAUGGAGGCGCUGGUGGUGGAGGUGACCAAGGACCCUGGCAUCGUCCGGCAGCUGGACCCCGCCCAUGAGCGCAUGCUGAACGUCAUCCGGCAGCUGUCCCGGCCAGCGGCGGCGGGCAUGGCACUCACAGCUGCCAGCACCAGGAUCGGGGAUGGCCCCCGCCCGCCCAAGAUGGCUCGCUACAACAACGGCGCUGGCUCACGAGGCUGGGGAGGUUACACCCAUGGCUCCGGCCACAGGGGCAGAGGCUACGGCGGCUACUCCGGCUGGCACUCGGCGGGAAGAGGAUACCCCGGGAGUCCUGGGGGAGGCUACGGAGCUGGGGGUGGCUGCCGAGGAGGAGGAGGAUUCCAAGGAGCAGGCAGGGGCUACCGAGGAGGCUAUCGGGGAGGGUGGUAGUCAUAGUUCAGUGGAGUCUUUCCACUUCAACAAAAGUGCGUUUCCUUCCCAAAUUCCUUUCUUCUUCUUCCCAGUUUGUAUGCCUUUUUUGGUUCCUUAGUACAAGUACAACUCUGUAAUAUAUCAUGCCCUUAGGGAAUUCCCUGCAAGUUGUAUUAUUUUUAAUAAAGAGUUUGUUUCUGAA